CUCAAAGAUAUAUUCAAUACCUUGAACUUCACAUUUAUCUGAGUAUCAAUAGAACAGUCUCAAAGCACGCUGGCACAAUUUAAAUCCUCCUACUCACUUUCAGCCAUUCUAAUCUCAGCUUGAUAUCACAGAAUAGCGACAAACAUGGAGGAAGAAGAAAAACAACUUGCUCCAGACUUGGAGGCCGCAAACAUAGUAUUUCCUUCGCAUAUUGUUUUUCAGGAUGAUGAAAUUCGCCCCGAUCGCCGAGACCGAGGCCCAAGCGACUAUAGAAAGCGAGUUCGUUCUCACAGUCGCGACUCAUCUGCAAGCCAUGGAAGACCAGCAUCUAUUUCAGGGCUUCCAAUUGAACAUAGAACUCUGUCAUUCCAGAUUUCUGAAGCCCAAGCAGAACAUAGACAAGAAAAGUCUCGGACACGUCCUGGCGAUGUAGAGGAUCGUGUGUUCUUCGAAAAUCUUGAUUACCACAUGCUCCACCAGGACAAAAUCUGCAGUCUUUUCAAUGUGUCACUCGAUCACGGACUCAGUUCAGAAGUUGCGGAGCAACGUCUCCAAAGGGAUGGCAAAAAUGUGCUUCCUGAAUCGCACGAGAGUCAAAUUUUGAAGGUCCUUGGGUACGUCUUUGGUGGAUUUUGUUCCGUGCUCUGGAUUGGAGUACUCGUCUUCUUCCUCUGUUGGAGACCAUUAGGCGACCCAAAUCCACAAGCAUAUAAUCUUGGACUAGCGAUUCUUGUCUUGAUAGUGAUCUUUCUUCAAGCCAGCUUUUCAUCUUUCCAAGACUGGUCGACAAAGCGAACGAUGCGAUCGAUUCUGGAUCUCCUGCCCUCAGAUGCGCUGGUAUUGCGCAACAGUGCUUGGAAGAAAGUCCCUUCUACCGAACUCGUUGUCGGAGACAUCGUAAAAAUUCAGAUCGGGAACAAAGUUCCGGCUGAUAUUCGCCUUCUUGAAACAUCAGGGGAUGUUCGAUUUGAUCGAUCAAUGCUGACCGGCGAAGGCGAAGAAGUCGAAGGUGCUGUGUUAGCAACGGACCAAAACUUCCUCGAAACUCGAAACAUUGCGGCGAUGGGCACUAGUGUGACAAACGGAAUGGCAGUGGGAGUGGUUGUCCUUACAGCCGGGAACACAAUUAUGGGUCGCAUCGCAAAAGCAACGACUGGGGUGAAAGCAAAGCCUACCUUGAUCUCGAGAGAAAUUACACGAUUUGUCAAGAUUAUUGUGGGCUUGACAGUCUGUCUAGCGCUUUUGAUCUUACUAACCUGGAUUUUCUGGUUGCGCGUCAAACACAAUAAGUUCAUGAACGUUGUUGCAAUGCUGAAUGAUGUCAUGGGCUGCGUGGUCGCUUUUAUCCCAGAAGGCAUGCCAGUCGCAGUCGCAUUGACUAUGAUGGUGAUUGCAAACCGUAUGAAAAAGGCUGAUAUCCUUCCUAAAGGUCUAUCAACGGUGGAGACCCUUGGAUGUGUCAGUGUGAUUUGCUCCGACAAAACUGGUACUCUCACUCAAAACAAUAUGACCGUUACUUCGGUCAGUGUGCUGAUUGGGUGGAUCUAAUUGGAUAGAUCCAUUCGGAUUUAUCCAAUAAGCCACAAUCCAAAUUGGGCGGUGGAUUUGGAUAAUCCAUCCGGAUGAUCCAAUUAUAUAGUGGUGGCUUAAUGCUUAGGCCAAUUGUGAGCAUAUCUGCCACCUCUCAUCACAUAUGCCAAACUUGCC